AUGUGGCAAUUGCAGGAAUAUUUCCACCACAUGUUGGACAAGGCGGAGGGGACUGCAGAGGCAGACACGAAUAUUAGCGAAGAUUUCAGAGCAUAUUAUCUGAAGAAACAACAUAGCUCUGGAGAAAAAGAUAUGGACAAGUGGAAGUACUUAACAGAUGCUUAUCACGAGGCCAACGACACUUUAGAAAGAGUUUGGAAGUUUAGUUCAGGAGUCUGUUUGGGUUUAGAAAUCUUAGGAGCCCACAUGACGAGGAAACAGGAAGGAGUGGACCAGUAUGAAUGGGGGAAGUGCACCGUCGGGAAAACUGGGAGGGGAGCUAGGGGCAGUUCUUUUCAACCGGAAUGUAGCAACCCAUUGGGCGCAUAUCACUGGAAGGGGUUGAACCACAAGAUUCAACUGAACAACAACAAUAAGAGGGAUCGAACCUUCAUGGCAUGUAAAGAACUUGUCACCAUGUUGAUGGGUUAUUUCCAGAUGACCAGCAGCAUGCGAAGAACAGCACAGGAGAUUAAAGCGAGGAACCCGUGUUCAAAAUUCUACAAGCUCUUAAAGAAGUGGGGCGGCGAAGGAAUAGCUCAACAAAUCAUGAAGACGUGGUUUCUAGAGCAGUCCCAAAGGACCGGCCAGCAGUCAUAUCAGUUGUUAGAGGGAAAGGAUGUUUAUGAAGUUAUAAGUGAAUUUUUGUACGGAGAGGAUGCAGGUGAUAAGGAGAUAUAUUGCAAGCAGUCUACAACAAGAAUAGAAGCAACACAGGAGGAACAGGUGGACUACGAAACCGAAGUGGCCGGGACGGAACAAAUUGGGCAAUGCAAGGAUGAACAAGCGAGUUGUCUCCAAGAGAUGGCAAAAGUCCUAGAGUCAAUAGGGGAGGAGCUCGAGAAGGAAAGACCGGACACGGGGAGCAGAGGAUCGGAAACCACCAACAACCCGAAACAGGAUGAGAGUUCUGCUUCUGAGGGUGGCUCUGACGGAUCAGGGUUAAUAGCCCAACUCCUAGGCGCCGGUGUAGGAGUCCUAAUGGCUUUACUGGGAGCGUAUGGAUAUUAUCGGAUUUUCUAUUCAGGGAAGAAAGUUAAACCAAUCGGGAACAGGAAGAAGAGAUUUCAUAUCUCUCUUGCUUAG